AGUUAGAAACUUGGAAUCUGGAUGGGGCCAGGGCACCUCAAAUCCCCUGCUUAUUAGCAAACCAACCUCCCAUAUGGCUUUUUCUUCGGAACCUGUAGACUGCUGAGAUUCUCUUUUUCAUGUUCUCAAAAAACACCACCCAUACCCCACACUUCCACCUCCACCACCCAAAAAUGAUACUUGCCACACUCUUCUCUCCACUUCCUCUUCUGCUACUCUUAUUCUUCUCCUUCUCCACCUUGUCUUUUUCCCAUUUCGUACCCACUUUCCCUUCUCCAUCCAAGUUUCACCCUGAGCUAACCACCCAACUCUCUCGUUCUUCUUCUUCUUCUUCAUCAAAUGGACUCUACGAGACAAAGUUCUUCACCCAAACGCUCGAUCACUUCGAUUACACUCCCCAAAGCAAUCACAAGUUUCAACAAAGGUACCUCUUCAAUGAUACCCAUUGGGGUGGCGCCAACAACAAUGCUCCAAUCUUUGUUUACACCGGAAACGAAGGCAACAUAGAGUGGUUCACGCAGAACACGGGGUUCAUGUUCGAAACCGCGCCACGUUUCCAAGCACUUUUGGUUUUCAUUGAGCAUAGAUUCUACGGAAAAUCAGUGCCAUUUGGUGGGAACAGGGAGGUUGCAUAUGCAAAUACGAGUACACUUGGGUACCUGAGUUCUACUCAGGCGUUGGCUGAUUAUGCCACUCUCAUUAUUGAUCUGAAGAAGAAUAUCUCAGCAAUUGAUUCCCCUGUUGUGGUGUUUGGUGGAUCCUACGGAGGAAUGCUUGCUGCGUGGUUCAGAAUGAAGUAUCCGCACGUUACGAUCGGAGCCUUAGCUUCAUCUGCCCCAAUCCUUCAUUUUCCGGGUUUGGUUUCACCCUAUGUCUUCUCCGAUACUAUCGCCAACGACUUCAGGAGUGAGAGUGAGAACUGUUAUAACGUCAUAAAAAGUUCUUGGAAACAAAUAGAGGAUGCGGGAAAGACGGAUAAAGGAUUGAAGCUGCUGCAGAAAUCAUUCAGAUUAUGCAAGAAUUAUAGCUCAGAUGAUCUGGAAGGUUGGCUUCAAUCGGCGUGGACAUAUACAGCGAUGACAGAUUAUCCCACACCUUCCAAUUUUAUGAAUCCCUUGCCAGCUUAUCCAAUCAGAAAGAUGUGCGAGGCAAUAGAAAAGGAAAAGAAGAGAUCAACAUUUGAGAAGCUGUACGCAGCAGCGAAUAUAUAUUACAACUACAGCGGUUCUGCCACUUGCUUCGACUUGGAUGAUCAUUCUGAUCCCCAUGAUCUCGGGGGAUGGCAAUGGCAGAAGUGUUCUUUGGCCUCGUUUUUUCGAUCCUUUCCCAAUGCUUUGGUUCGUCACCGCCAUUACCACCGUCUUCGUCUUGUCGUCGCGAGUUCAACGAGCUCAGACCCAUUGCGAGAAACAACCGGAUGCUACGCCACGCGUCGCCGCAAGAUUGCUGUCCGCUUCCAUCGUUUUCCUUCUCCAAACAUCUCCAGCACUGUUUGAUCUUCAGCAACAAUCAAACGGUCCAAAGCGUGCCAUGUGUUGCAGAAGCAGCGCCGCUAGCAACUCGUGCACCGCCCUCACUAACUCAGCGUUGACGGGGCUUCCCUUCUCCACUCAGCUGUCGCCACGUGUCACCUUUCCUACUGACGUGGUUGUUCACGUGGAAUCUGACGUGGUAGCCUACGUGUCAGAUAGUGGGACACUUCCUAAGAUUUUUUGGUGAGCUCUUUUCGAUUUUGCUAUCUGUUUUUUCGUUUUCAGCCUCAAAUUUGCAGAUUUUUCUCCUUUCUUUGAUCUUUGUAUCUACUAUUAUGGAAAACUCAGAUACUUUUUGGAACAGACAGAAAGAGUAAAUUUUGUCGUAAUAGUACCUCUUCUCAAAUUGUCCUUCUAUUGAAUGUCAUACAUGCCAACAGAAAGGUCACAUCAACUACAAUUGUCCACAACUGUUCUGCUACUAUUGCAAGCUCUUGGGACAUUUAAUUACUACCUGUCCUACUCACCCACCACGUCUUGAUCAC